GAGGGGACUACCGACAGGGCUGAGCUGGGCCAAUGAGAAGGGGAGAGGGGGCUGGUUUGCCUGUUCUCACGCCCAACCAACCCUCAGACCCAGCCCUAGGAAAGUUUCCCUUCUAGGCGGGAGAGAAGACGAACAUGGCAGCGCGUUGGUGGCGUUGGUGUGUCUUUGCAAUCAUGGCGGUGGCACUGCUGCUCGUUUUCGGGGUUCCCUCAGCCUCUGCCCAGAGAAAGAAGGAGAUGGUGUUGUCUGAAAAGGUUAGUCAACUGAUGGAAUGGACCAAUAAAAGGCCUGUAAUAAGAAUGAAUGGAGACAAGUUCCGUCGCCUUGUUAAAGCCCCACCGAGAAACUACUCCGUUAUUGUCAUGUUCACUGCUCUCCAACUUCAUAGACAGUGUGUCGUGUGCAA